AUGGCGGGGCGGUGCGGGGCAGCGGGAGCGCGGCACGGCCCGCAGCCCGCCCGGCCUUUAUACCCCCGGCGCCCGCUCCCGCCCGGCGUCAUCCUCCCUCCGGCGGCGGCGGCCAAUGAGGAGUUGGGGCCGGCGCUGGCGGCGGGGCUGGAGCGGGCCGGGGCCGCCGCCGCGGGGACGGGCGGGUGCCUCGGGGAGCGCAGCCCGCACCCUGCGAGACUGAGGGAGGCGACGGGCCGGAACGGCUCCCCGGUGGGAGAGACCCCGAGCUGGGUCACGGGCGCUGCCGCCUCGGCCGAGGGGCCGACGGGGCUCGAGCAGGAGCGUCUGUCGUGGGUGUUCGUGCGGUGCCUCCGUCGCUGCCGGGGCCGCACGCACCGCCCCGCGCAUCCUUCCGCCGAAGCGAGCCGGAGCCGGGAACUGGCUCCGUCCUUCUGCACAGCCACAUCAGGAGUUUUCCCAGAAGUAGCCAGCAAGCUCCGGCAUUGCGGCACAGACAGCCCUCACCAGGGCAGGACUCGCUGCUGGAAGCAUCGCCCAGCCGGAGGAAGGAGAGAGCACCAGGAGAAAGGGAGGAACAGCCCCUCUGGUUCGACGGGCUUUCCAGAUGUGGAAGAAAGAUGUGAAGCCUUCAUGCAAAACCAGAAUUCCUCCCACUGCUCAAAAAUCUCUCAAACCACUUCUCUGUACUGUAAGAGAAGACUCCUUCACAAAAGCCUAGAGCUGUGUUAAGCAGAUCACAUGUUUCAGAAUAAGCAAGCCUGACCUUCUCCACCCUUGUUUGAGUCCCCUGAUGCUGGUAAGCCAAUCCCUGGUGUGUGGAAUGACAGAGCCCUGCACAGAGGCACAUGGGGCACUGAAAAAUUUAUCUCCUCUUCUGAAGAAGCUGCCACACCAGAGGUUUGAUGUAUUAUGUAGUAAUGCACAAGCCCCCCCACCAGUCAGAGACUGCUCCAGCCCUAUCAGAAGGAUUGAUAACCACAUCACCCCUGUACUGCAGAGCCAGCUCAGACACUAAUUCCCAAGGGCUGGACCACAACACUGAACUUUUACAUGAAGAAGUAAUGUGAAGUGCUGUGGGCUGUAAAAUACCACAGUGAGGCUGUUGUGGGAGAGGAUUGGUGACACACCUACCUGCAAUGGCUGUGGUCACAGGCAGUGAAGCAGGACACAGAUGGUAGCUGCUCUGCAUAACAGUGACCAAGUUUAGCAGAGAAGACACAAUGCCAUAUCUCAAAUACUGCUUUUUAUUAGCACAUCCGUGUGUGGAUCCAGGGAAAGAGAGUUCAUGAUGAUCAGCAUUUCAAUGGAAAAGUUAGAGUAUCUGUCCUGACAUUGCCAUAAGCCAGGCAAAAGAAAUUGUAACAGCUGUAGGUGUUCAGUGAAGGCAUAAAGCCCUUAAACACCAUAAGUCAGUCCGGGUUCAUCCCUCUCUGGAUGCUGAACCAUAAUCCCUUAGUGCCCAGCACUCACAGAGGCUUAAUCCUUUUCAACAAUGGGAUGAGCUGGAGGCUAUAUCCUUUCAAGAUUUGCAUAACACCCCAGUACACAUGUCUUUUGGGAGGAUAAGAGCUGCUUAGUAUGUCCUGCAUUCACAUUUUUGCAGCCAUUUGGUUUAUAUCCAUGUCUCUCUCCCCAGUGGGAAAUCCCAAGCUGAUGACAUUGCUCUCAACCCAUCACCGUGCUGGUUUUGGGCUUCCCAGCUGGCUCAGCCCAGCAGAAAGCAUUUCUUCACCCUGUGUCCUGGGUCAGCCCUUGCCCUGUCACACAAUGCAUCUUGUUGGAGCCACCCCAGUGUGACCCCCCUAACACACACAGGUCUGUGCCCUCUAAAGAUACAGCAGCAGAAACGUGUAAGAACAUGAGAACUGGGGCAGUUGUGUGGGGAAGGACAAUGGCUGACUGGUUUCUCAUGAAAGCCAAGCCACAGCAUCCUGGUGUGAGCCCUGACUCACCCUUUCUACAUGCAAUUCUUGUGCUGCAUCCUUACCUUGAGGGUGAUCACAGCACUCCACAGUCAGUGCUCCAUUGCUGCAGCACUCCAGCAUGCUGUGUUUCAAUUGGGUCACCUGGGUACUGCAUCCACUGGAAUGGAGUUUACUUUGGAACAAAACUGUGUUCUGGUGAGGUUCCUACUUCCUUUGAAAGGGAGAAGCAAUCCUGACAUCAGCUUUCCUCACUUUAAUUACUCUCAAUGUUUUCUUCAUGCCAGCAAUAUCUCAUGGAUACAAUAAUCAAUUCUCAGGACAAGGACAGGAGAACAACUAACAUCUAAACACAUCUGAACUGAAAAGAGAAAAAAGGUAUGAAAUAGAGAAAAAGCCUACAAUGAAAAUUAGCCCAAUCUUCAGUUGUCAGCUGAUAUCCUUGCAUCUUCCUUUUCCAUCAGCUGUUUCCUUUACCUUCUUUUGCAAGCCCUAUAGCAGCUUCAUCUGCAAACUGGCAGAUCCACAGAGUUCCCUCAGCUCUUCUUCAGCAGUACAAGGCACUUGUGUCCAGCUGCAAAGACUUUCAUUUUGCCAGGGACACAUUCCAACAUUAUGGUGUGUUCAACAUAACUUUUAGCCUCAUGACACUUUUACAAAUCUACAGUAGCAACACUGUAAAGUCCACACACAUAUGGAUCAUCCCUAACCCCCUGCUUGGGAGAGCAGGGUUAUAACAAGGAACUGAGAAAGGAACUUGGAAAUGUAACAACAAGUCAGACUGGACAUUAUUAAAGCUUGUCCCAAAAAACAUAAA